GCCCCGCCGGCAGGAUGGGGUGGGGUGCUGGCCGGGCGAGCUGCCCGGAAAGGGAGAAGGAACUGCCGGGACCGGGAGGGACCCGGGGGCAGACGCGGCUGGUGGCGGCGCCUCAGGGAGAAGGCCGAAAGCGCGAGUGGAAAGCAGUCCUAGAGUGUGGCCGCCAGCCAGCGUGCCGCCCCAAGACGGUCCUUGAAAUCUGCCCGACCUUCCAGUGACAUGGUUGCCUUCCUGUGUGGUGCUUGAUGAUUCAGUGAGAAGCCCCCCUGUGACUCUCCCAGCCAUGCCCACCCCGGUCCCUAUGCUGCUCUUUACCCUGCUCCUGGCGGGGAUGACGAGUGCCUUCCGGAUAUGUGCCUUCAAUGCCCAGAGGCUGACAGUUGGCAAGGUGGCGAAGGUCCGUAUCAUGGAUGCUAUGGUUAAGAUCUUGGCUCGGUGUGACAUCACGGUGUUGCAGGAGGUCGUGGACACCACGGGCGAUGCCAUUCCUUUGCUGCUCAGGGACCUCAACAGGUUUGAUGACUCUGGCCCCUAUAGCUCCCUGAGCAGCCCUCUGCUGGGACGCAGUACCUACAUGGAGAAAUAUGUUUACGUAUACCGGUCACACAAGACCCAGGUCUUGGGCAGCUACGUGUACAACGAUAAGCUGGAUGUCUUUGCCCGGGAGCCAUUUGUGGCCCAGUUCAGCCUGCCCAGCAAGGUGCUCCCCAAGCUGGCCCUGGUGCCGUUGCACACGACCCCCAAGGAUGUGGCGACCGAGCUGGAUGCCCUAUAUGUCGUCUUCCUCAAUGUCUCCCGGCACUGGCAGAGUGAGGACGUGAUUCUGCUUGGAGAUUUCAACGCAGACUGCUCAUCGCUGUCCAAGAAGCGCCUAGGGGAGCUGGUGCUAAAGAGCCAAGCGGGCUUCCGCUGGGUGAUCCCCGAUGAGGAGGACACAACUGUGAGAGAGAGCACGCACUGCAGCUAUGACCGAAUUGUGGUUCAUGGAAAGCAUUGCCAAGAUCUGGUGAAAUGGGCAGCUGCCUUCAAAUUUCCCCAAAGCUUCCAAAUGACUGAGGCUGAGGCUCUGAACAUCAGUGACCACUACCCUGUGGAGGUAGAGCUGAGUGGGUCUCCAGGCUGGCCCCUGGCCUCCAUCCUGUUUAACCUUGCUAUGCUGCUACUGCUCACUGGACUGGACUCUACCUUGUGAAAAGUUUGGCCUCCGGGACCCUGGCCUCCUCAUCUUGGGGACCUCUGCAGGGACUGACUCCCUUCCCUGUCUAGCCCGUAGCCCCGACAGUGCCUUUUUCUUGACUCCAUCAAUCAGGACUCAGCUCACUCUUGCCCUUCUUAUCUCUUUUGUGAGCACCAGACCUGUUCUCUUACCUUACCAGCUCCCCACCAUAUUUAUUCGUUUCUGCUCCUGUGAUUUGGAGGUCGGGGGAGGGGGGAGGACGAGGCCCCUUCCCUCUCCUGACCUUUGGGGUCACGAUCUCAUCCACGAGACUGUAGUGACAGCAUGUACGGGCUGUCCCGGGCCUCCACAGGCUUUGCCCUCGGAACUCUGCCGGCUGCCAGAGUUGGUGAGCCAGGUGUCAACUCAGGAAACUGUGGGCUCCGACCACAAGCCACACUCCUACAUCCCCUCCUCAGAUGUGGGCCUUUUGCUGUGAGAGGUGUCCAUCCCUCCUGGCCUUGGCUUCCCCGCUGGGGAUUUGGGGGCCCAUUAAUAUCCCACGGGCAACCGUGAGCUUUGGAGGGCCGGGGAUGCUGCCUGUGUAAAGUGCUCCAGACUAAAUAAACAGGGCCUGGUGGCUGACUGAACUCAA